AUGCCGCCCAAAUCAGCGAGAGUCAUUCGCAGCGAGAAUGCCGACCCAUCGUUGAAAGAUGGGGUGCUUUCAGUACCGGAAUUCGUGGCAUCUCGUGAGUUUGAAAUCAAGUCGAUGGAACAAGCUCAGCUCAAUUCCAAGUACGCCUCGUCCACCAGAGUUUUCCAGAGUCUUCCCAGAACACUCAGACGAAGAGCAGCGUCCCACAAUGUCAAGCGGAUCCCUAAAAGACUCCGAAACCGGGCAUUGAGAGAAAUGCACCAGUCGCUGGCCGGCGCUUCGGGCCCAUCUGCCACCAAACCUGGAGUACGAGGCCGGAAGUUGUACCGGUUGAAAAUGUCUCGAAAGUUGUUAAAGCUUGCUGCCAAGCUUCGUAUGCUCCGUCAAUUGCCGUCUGAGGGCUCGGGAACUGUGCGAGAACGAAUAAAGAGUCUCUCCAAGCAAAUUGAAGAUAUCAGGAAAGAGUCAAGUUCGGACUCAAAACCUAUCUUGAACAAUGAUAUGGGCUCUUGCGACAUAGUUGGUGAAAACAAACUCGCCAGUCCUCCUCCUGGUCGCCGCUAUGCCAAACGACAACUCCGCUUCGUUUGGACUCCGACUCAUAUUUGGCACGCCAAACGAUUCCAUAUGAUAAAGCAAUGGGGGUUCCAGAUCCCUCAGCGCCCAACCCAAAAGUGCUACCGAGCCACGAACAGAGCAGCUCGUACAGGAGCCAUUGCUCACGAAACACUGUACUAUGGAACCAUGGUUGCAAAAUCCAGCAACGUCCAGGCUUUAGUAGCCAAACUCACCAAUAGAAUUGGGGAACCUUCUCAAAAGACAUACCAUGGCUGGAUCUAUGCUCCACACAAGGUUACCAAAGGCUUGGUGUGGUGCUUUGAAUCGUCUGUCAUGAUAAGAGUGCAUCCUGCCGUUUUCACUGAAGUCUUUGAAUUUGUCCAACUGAACUCAGAUACAAUUUACGACUGUCGCUAUGCUCUCGGAAGUUUGGAAUUGGCAGGUCCUCGUGCCUUGUCGUGUCUCAGUAGGGUGGUUCAUGUUGAAAAUGGUCCUUCAUCGACAAAAUGGUUGCAAAUUUCCAGAUAUAACUGCGAUUCUGUUCCCGUGGGAACUACAUUUGUUCUUGGCAUGAAGGACCCACGGUUCUGGAAACACUCCAGACGGCCUCCCGUGAGUGAACCUCAACCGUCGCUUCCAGAUCUUAUCAUUUCCAUGUCCAGUUCCGACGCAACCUCAACCACUGAUGCUCCCCAUGCCGCUGCCUUGUUGAGUUCCGAACUUCGAAAUAAUUCAUACAAAAACCAACACACAACCAAGCAGCUAUCGGACCAAUUCCAGCGCACAUCUCCUCUCGCCAACUCCAUAGCCAAGUUUGUCAUUGACAGCCUGCCCUCGAUUCCCAUUUUCGUCACCAAAACUGCGACUACUUGGUGCGUAAUUUGUCCAUGGUUCUGGAUCCUACCACUCUGGAUCAAGCUAGUUCUGGUUCCAGAGGUUCAUGUUGGUGGUGCCAAGCAGUUACACCAAAUAAACUACGAAAGGGGACAUCCCACGUUUCCCACUGAUUAUCCAUUUUUAGCCCAAGGAUGGUCUGAGAACCUCGUUCGACUGACAGUUUCCAAAUCUGUUCACGAUAAGCUUCCACAAUCAAAACGGAAAGACUACCGCCAGUUUGAGAACACCGUUGACCCCUUUGGGUGCGACUGGUUCUUCUUACAAAAAAUCAUAUUUGGUACCAAAUUGCAUCCAAGCGUACUGGAUGGAGUAGCAUAUGGACUUUUCGAUGCAUUCACAGCGAGGGAAAUCCACUCAAUGAAUGAUCUUUUUUUGGCAAUUGAGGACUCUCGUCUUAGUCAAGAUCACAACAAGGUACUCAUUGAGCUUUUUGACAAAAACAACUCAUUUCAUCAACAAUUUGCAGCCGGUACUUAUAAGGUGGAGCCCAUAUUUCCUCCACUUCCCGUCCACCAAAUCAAACUUGAAUUGAUUAACAAAGGUACCAUUUCUGACCAUGCCAGAAUCUACAGGGUUCCGAGGUCUCUUCUAAACGCUUAUAGAAAUGGCACUUGUGCCGAUAAACCCGACCUCAAAGAGCUCAUUGGUUUUGUGACAAGUGGAGCAUACAACUUGAAACUUGGCAAUUGCACUGGUAUUGGAUGUAUCUCGGCGGACCACAAGGAUAAAUAUGUUUUGGUUCGCAAUAGUGGAGAAACAUUGACUAGGUUGGCGAUAUGGAGUAAAACUAAAUAA